AUGGCUUUCGAGCUGCCGAAACUCCCGUCUGACCUGGCGCAAAAGCUUGAAGAGGCUCCACUGGCAAAGCACAUCGUGCUUGACGUGCUCUCGACACUCCUCAAGCUCGAUGGCGGCUCAGGCCUUGCGCUCAGUACACUGCGCCUCGCCGAGCUCGCGACAGACAAAACUCGUACAGCGCGGGCGGCGGAACAGCAAAUUGAUGCUCUCCGUCGGCGCGAAUACCCGGAUGCGUUUCGCAGGGGUGAGGCGCAGACGCACCGGCUGCAGAUCGAGUCUUUGGCUGGCGAGGUUGUAAAGAAGUUUGAUAGCCUCACUGAGAUGCUUAAUGAGGCGACCAAGGCGUACCACGCAGCACCUUCAGGAAACGAGAAAGGUGUCCGCGAAUGGGCUUACUACACUCUCUUCUCUGCACGCGAGUGGCUGGUUGACCAGUUGCUGCGUGACUUCUUCAUCGAACUCGAGGAGCUAGUCGGCGACGAGCGGUACAAGCGACUCGAGCGCGGGCUCGACAGGCUUCCGAUCGGAGCAGCAAGCUAUUCAUUGAGGAGAAGGUCUGCUGGCGGCGCAGAGGGAAGCUACAGGCGUGCGAGGAUCUACGGGCUGUAG